ACCACCACCAUCACUGCCCACUUCCACCGCUCCCCCCAGACUUCCACCGGAAUCCUACCACCUCACCAACGCCGAAAAUGGAGUCCGGAACUUGGGCUUCCUAUGUUGCAGCAUGGCUAGCAACUGUGGCUCUUAUCCUCCUCUCGACCCACCUCCGGCGUCGCCGCAAACUCAACCUCCCACCAGGCCCAAAGCCCUGGCCGAUCAUCGGAAACCUGAACCUCAUCGGCGCACUCCCCCACCGCUCCAUCCACGAGCUAUCCCAAAAGUACGGCCCCAUCAUGCAGCUCCGCUUCGGCUCCUUCCCCGUCGUCGUCGGCUCCUCCGUCGCCAUGGCGAAGCUCUUCCUCAAAACCCACGACGUCACCUUCGCCUCCCGCCCCAAAACCGCCGCCGGAAAAUACACCACCUACAACUACUCCGACAUCACCUGGUCCCCCUACGGCCCUUACUGGCGCCAAGCCCGCAAGAUGUGCCUGAUGGAGCUCUUCAGCGCCAGACGCCUCGAAUCCUACGAAUACAUUCGGGUCGAAGAAACCAAAUCUCUCCUCAGUUCCCUCUACAAGCAAUCCAAUUCGCCGGUGGAUCUCAAAGAUCAUCUCUCCACGGUUAGUCUCAACGUGAUCAGUCGAAUGGUUCUAGGAAAAAAGUAUCUCGACGAGAACGUGGAGGGCUCGAUCGUGACCCCGGAGGAGUUCAAGAAGAUGCUCGACGAAUUGUUUCUGCUGAGCGGGGUUUUGAACAUCGGAGACUCCAUUCCCUGGAUCGAUUUCUUGGAUUUGCAGGGGUAUGUGAAGAGGAUGAAGGUUCUGAGCAAGAAAUUUGAUCGGUUUUUGGAGCAUGUUCUAGAUGAGCACAACGCGAGGAGGAAAGGUGUCGAGAACUACGUGGCUAAGGACAUGGUUGAUGUGCUGUUGCAGUUCGCCGACGACCCCACUUUAGAGGUUAAGCUCGAAAGACACGGCGUUAAGGCCUUCACCCAGGACCUGAUAGCCGGUGGCACGGAGAGCUCGGCGGUGACGGUGGAGUGGGCGAUCUCGGAGCUCCUGAGAAAGCCGGAGCUCUUCGACAAGGCAACCGAAGAGCUCGACAGGGUAAUUGGAAAGGAGAGGUGGGUGGAGGAGAAAGACAUCCCAAAUCUACCAUACCUAGACACAAUCGUCAAAGAGACCAUGCGUAUGCACCCGGUGGCACCAAUGCUGGUGCCCAGAUUCUCCAGAGAGGAUAUAAAAAUCGCCGGCUACGAUAUUCCCAAAGACACCAGAGUCCUCGUAAACGUAUGGACCAUCGGGAGAGACCCCGAGAUAUGGGACCAACCCAAUGAGUUCAUCCCGGAGAGAUUCAUCGGGAAAAACAUCGACGUGAAAGGCCAAGAUUUCGAGCUUCUGCCGUUCGGUACUGGUCGGAGAAUGUGCCCAGGGUACAGUCUCGGCCUCAAGGUGAUUCAGUCCAGCUUGGCCAACCUUCUUCAUGGGUUCAAGUGGAAGCUGCCGGGCGAUAUGAAGCCCGGGGACUUGAGCAUGGAGGAAAUUUUCGGCCUCUCGACGCCUAAGAAGAUCCCGCUCGUGGCGAUGGCGGAGCCUCGCCUGCCGGCCCACCUUUACGACAUGUGAGUGUGGCUUGCUCGCUGUUUGUCACUAAUAAUUAGGGAAAUGUAAGGUUGUAAUAUGCUUUGUGAUCGGAUAAGUGAAGCUGUGGAGGUGCCAUGUGUGUUGUACUCAUCAAACACUUUUUUAAUAAAAAGAUGUACUACUUUUCUAAUCA